AGCACUCCUGCCAUCCCACUGAUGAUGACGAGCAUGGAGACGACCUUUGCCCCAAUCACCACGGUAGGAUCAGUUGGCAUGAUCCCAAUCAUGUCCACCCCUACUCGUGCGCCAACGACAACAAUGUUCCUAGGCUCAAUAACAACGCCUGGGGGGGCAUUCACGCCAUAUCCGACAAGCUUGGCUCAAUUUGCUGCUGACCCGGCAAAUGCUCAAGCUCUGCAGGGCUAUCAACAAGUGAUGGCCAUGAUGCAACAAGCAGGGGGCUUCAUGCCAUUUGCCUAUCUGGACAUGAUGCCACCAAUCAUGAGUUCAAUGGUACCUCCGGUGUCGACCCCGUCGACAUUCAUCCCUAGGAUGGUCCCUAUACGUCCAGUGAAUUUGACGGGGACCAUGAACGAAGCAGCACCAUUGAAUAUCUAUGAAGUUGACGAGGCGGAGCAAGAGGCAGCCCGCAGAAGGAAGGGUAAGGCUAUAGCCAAACCCAGCAAGACCCGAGAUUCGGCGUUCAUACGCCUAGGGGACAAAGAGGAUGGAGGAGGGGAUCCAUUCUUUUCUCUCACUAAAAACUAGUACACUCUUGAGACAGAGUAAGAAAUAUAUUUCGGACUGAGGAGAUUUAUCCGGUCUAGGUCAUACUUUGUGUUCUUGUUGUGUGUUUUAUAUUACGGGUCGAGUGUCCAGGUUAAACCCGGUUAACCCGCCCAGCUAUAUUUACACCAUCAACUAACAUUUUGACCCGUGCCAUCCACGAGGUUGAACAAAAAAAAAUUUUGAUUCUGAAAUUUUUUCAAUACAAUAUUUUUUUGAAAUAAAGAUAUUAUAUUUCU